GGCAAGCAAGCACAACAAACACAAUCAGUUAAACUUUAGCGGCACGCCCUUGUAUUUUUUAUAUUUUUUUCAGUAUCGAUGAAUAUUCAGUGUAGAAUUUUUAUUUGUUAUUAUUUUUGCAAAUACUAGUAUGAUGAAAAUACAUAUAAAUAAAACAUAAAUAAAGCAAAUAAAAUAAGGCAAAAACAACAAAAUUUGUGUACAAACUAAAAUUUAUUCUUCAAUAUAAAUAAGUCAAGUGCUAAAUGAAAAGUGUGCAAAAAAUACUAAACUAAAUAUACAUACAAAUAUAUUAAUCUUCAAUUUAAAAAAUAUUUGUUGCAGAAGUCUUCCUAUAUAAAUAAAAAUUGUGAACAAAAAAAUUGCAAAAAGAACCUAAAAGUUUUUAAAAAUGUUUGUGUCUAAAUAAUGAAGAAGAUUUCUGAACUACCAAAAAGCAACUACAACUAUGUCAAAAUCAUGUCUAAAACAUCAAUCUUGUUUCUAAGAAUAGAAGAAAAACGAAUUAAAUAAUAAAACAACAAUAAGAUUUUUGUGCUAAAUAAAAAAAAUAUUUAUUUUUGUAGAAAUAGUUGUUGCUUAUAAAGCAGCAAAAAACGUCAUUGUUGUUUUGUUUGUUUUUAUUUCCUUGCGCUCAUCGUUAAAAGCAACAGAACUAGCAACAUUACUAAGUACCAACAACAAGAAAAACAACAGUAACAUAUUUCUUCAUACAUACUCAUUUACCAUAUUCGCCAGUUUUGUGUGUUUCUUCACAAUUCCAACGAUUUCCACUUGUUAAUUUUUUGUGUUAAAUUCUUAAACAUCUCUCUAUCCCUCAUCCCUCACUACUACCCAUCCCAUACUCAACAACAUUCGUGCUCUCUUACUCUCGCUGUUUCACUAAUAUCCAAACAAAAAAUAAAAACCGCACAAAUGAAAAUGGUUGAUAAAUCAUCUAAAUUGGAUAAAUUUAGCGCCAAUAUGAAUGCUUCAACAUCAGCUGGUGCUGGCACUGGUGGAGGCAGCGGUGGUGGUGGUGGUGUUGUUGGCAACACUGGUGCUACUGGUGGCAGUGGCAUGAAUACUGGUCAUGGUGUUUCUAAUAUAUCGGGUCACUAUUAUCAUGCUAUGCAACAGCAGCAGCAACAGCAUCAUGGCGGUAGUAGCCAUCAUCAAAAUGGUCAAAAGCCAGUACCUAUGAAAUUAUUUGCUGCAUGGGAAGUGGAUCGUACCCCACCAAAUUGUAUACCAAGACUAUGUUCCCUAACCAUAACACGUCUAACAAUAUUAACACCAUUACCCGGUGACUUAACAUCUUUAUCGCUGGCGGUUAAAAUGCAAAGUUCCAAACGAACAUUACGUUCACAUGAAAUACCAAUAAAUGGCGCCAGUCUAUUGCAAUUAGGCACGACAUCGAACACAACAACAUCACUUAGUGGAACGAAUGUAAGUGGUGGUGUUGGUGGCGUUACCGGCAAUUUAAGCGUCGGCAGUGGUUUAACCAUCAUGCAACAAGGCAAUUCACCAAUUGUCAAUGAUAGAAUGAUGAAUUCCAGUGGUCAAUCGAGUUGUGGAGUAAUUGGUAGCGGAGGUGGUGUUAAUGCCCAGUUAACCCAAUCUAUGUUGGGUACACCCGGUAAUAUUGGUAAUUCUGGUAUUGGUACUACGGGUAUGAUGAUGUCAGGCGGUGGUGUGCCAUUGGCUGAAACUGAGUUGGAUUUAAAUUUUAGUUUACAGUAUCCGCAUUUUAUUAAACGUGAUGGUAAUAGUACACGUUAUGGUUACAAUUUGCCUUUCUUCUCCUUUCAUCAACAUCAUUAUCCCCACAGACUGGUCAUCUUGUUGCAAAGACGCAAAAAAUAUAAAUCACGCACCAUAUUGGGUUAUAAAACAUUAGCUGAAGGCUUUAUACGCAUGGAUGCGGUAUUACAGAAAUCAAUGGAUAUGACAGUAGAAUUGACAGCAUCCGGUAAAAAUGGUCGUCCUGGUACAACUGUUGCUUGUCUACGUGCCGAACGUGUCUCAUCCAUACCAGUUGAUCAUGACAAUAAAAAUAACAAUAGUGUGCUACUGGCAGAUCGUGUUGCUGAAUAUUCAGACGAAGACGAGGAGGCUGAAUUCAGUUCAGGCGAGUUUAACGACGAAACCAAUGAUCUUGGCAUACCCAGCUACGAUCCUAAACGCGAUUAUAAUCCUUCCAAGCAUGAUAUGCGCAAAUAUCGUAAAUUACAACGUUCAGAAGUUGAAGACGUCGUGGCAUUAGGUGCUAAUAAUCCCGUUGACAGUGAUAGUGAAUUCGAAAUGAAGGAUAAAAGUUCAUCACGUGCUAAAAUCAGCAGGACCAUUUCCCUGCAACAGCGUAAUUUUAAGCAGAAAAUAUUUGCACUUUUAAAACGUUUCAAAGCCUCCGAAGAAUUAGAAGGUGAGGUAAAUCGCGGUACAGCCGCAUUACGUGGCGAACGUGAUUUGGAUGCAUUAUUUCAAGAGCUUGAAUCGUUGUCGUGUUGUGAAGGUGAUGAUUCCGGUCCUGACAUUGACAGUUUGUCAAUUGGUUCAACACCUAAACCCUCCCUAAGGCCAUUUUUUACAAAUUCUCGCAUAAUGUUACAUGACAUUGGUGCCAGUGGUGGCAACAUUGAGCGCGGAUCAUCGGAUAAAAGCGACCAAUUGACCAAUUCUUCGUUUCAAAUUGAUAAUAACAAACAAAAAUGCAUUCAUUUAACAAACAAUAACAAUUCGGCUACAACACCAGAUCGUAUUUGUGAUAAUCGUAAUGAUAGUUCCGGUAAUGAAGGCAAUGCCGCCUAUACAGAUGGUCAAACGUCUGAUCCGCAGAAUAGUCCACCUCGUGGUGAUCAAAAUUAUAUGCGUCUACAGCAUCAAUUGACACCAGUUAGUACCAGUAAUAAUUUGCAGACAGCAGCUGGACAAAAUGCCAAUAAUGCAACGUCUGUCAGUAAUACAAACACCACUACCCCAGCAUCGAAUGAAAAGAGAUCUCGUUUAUUUAGAACGUCGAGUAGUACACCGGGUGGAGGUGGUGGUGGUAAAAAGAAACAGUCACUUAGUUUAAGUGCCGAACCACGCUCAGUAUUAGAGACAUGUUUGUCACCCACCAAUGUGGAACCACGUAAAAUGCUGCUGGAUCAGUUAAGUCGCAUAUUUGCCAGUGAGGAUUCAGUUAUACCCGAUGUGGUAACAAUAAUUAGUCCACCGGAAGCUUUAAGCGGUAGUAGUUUAGUAUCAAAAUUAACAUCACUAUUUGCGAAUUCAUUUAAACCGGCAUUUGUGCCCCAAAACACAGCUGAAGUUAAAGCUGUGCUACAAGCUCUUAUGGGCAAAAUACAGAAAUAUUGCAACUCGAAUGCCAAACCACCCACCACAGUGAAAAUCCUAUUAAUUGGCGGCGAUUGGUUGCAAGGUGCUGCUUUAAGACACUACGUCGAGCUAAUGGGUGUACGACCACCCGAUUGGUUAAAUCAUUUACGUUUCUAUAUUAUUCCCAUUGGUAGUAGUGCUAUUGCACGAUAUCUAAGUCAAAUGGAUCAGGCCUAUGCCGCCAUGUUUGGUUCAGAAAAUUGGUAUCAAUUGUGUGAGAGAGCAGCCCAAACAGCGGCUGCGGUAAGUGCUGUGACGGCGGUUAAUGCUACAGCGUUAUCAUCUUCCCUGGCUGAUUCGGCAACGGCCAAUAAAUCUGAUAUUGUAGAAUUAGUUAAUCGUAUACAACGAUAUUUGCAUGCGGCUGGACCCUGCACACAAGUACCCAUAGCUGAAGCUAUGGUUAACUAUAAAGAAGAAGAUUCAUGUCAAAUAUUUGUGCCAUUUGUUAGUGAUGUACGUAUUGGUUAUUUGGAAGGUCCCCAGGCAUCAAUAGAUCUUGAUGAAAGCAGUGCUCAAAACACGGCCCUAACAACUUCCCAACAAACAUCAAAUACCAGCGUAGCCAUACCCAUUGGCAAUUCGAAUUCUCAAACUCCUUUAAAUGCAAUUACCCAAAAUUUAUCAUCCAGUUUACAGGGAGUUUCAAAUAGUGCCAGUGGUCCUGUGUUAUCCGGCUCACCACCACAAAGUGGCCGAAUAUCACCACCUUUGCAAACACCACCCUCCUCAGCAUCCUCUCAACGUGAAGUUGGUUUUGGAGCUACUCCCCAACAAGUGGGCAGUGAGUCGGUAGAGUUACAGGUGGAUUACUGGCCAAUAAUACGGCCGGGUGAGCAUACAUCCUCAAAGGAUAAGAGCAAUACUCGGAGCGGUGAUCAAGGUGGUAAAAAUAGUAUUAAGAGUACGUUUAGAAGUCUGCAAGUCUGGCGUUUGCCACAAAAUGCUCAAUUGGGUGAAAUGUCAAAUGGUCUAACCUUGUCAUUUGCUACCAAAGAAAAGAAACAAAAGCAAAUAAUGCGUUUGGGUAAGAAAAAGGAAAAAGAUCGUGAUCUCGAAAAGGAGCAAUGUGUUGAGGGUGUGGCACGUUUAAUAUGCUCACCCAAGCAAUCGCACCCCAUACCAUUAAGAGUUUAUAUUGAUGGUACCGAAUGGACUGGCGUUAAAUUCUUCCAAUUAUCAUCGCAAUGGCAAACGCAUGUUAAAAACUUUCCAAUUGCUCUAAUUGGUUGUACUCCAAUGUCAUGUUCUGAAUUAUCCUAGUCAUUUUGUUAAGAAAAUAUCCUAGAUAUAUCUACAAUAUAAAUACAUACAUAUAUAAAAUAUACAUACAUACACAUACAUUACUAAUAAAUUUAACCGUUCUUUUUUAUGUAAAAAUAAUAAUGAUAAAAUGGCGGUUAAAGAAAACUACUCCUUAUUAAAACAUUUAAAUCUUUUAUUUAUAAUUUUUUUUUUUAGAAAUUGUAUUUUUUUUUUUAAUUUUAAAAUUUUUAUUAUUUUAGAAAUUUUAUUAUUUUUUACUCCACAUAUAUAUAUGAAAUAUAUUAGUAAAUAAUUGUAUAAAAAUUAUUCAUAAUACAUAAUUAUUAAUUAUAUAUAUUAAAUAAUAACAACAUAAAUAUUAUACAUAUGAAACACAAAAAGCCAGAUUUGAAUUGAGCAAAAUGAAAAGAACAGAAAUAAAUAAAUCGAGAAAAAGGCAUAGAUUCAUUUAUAAAAACAAAUAAAACAUGAAAUAAAUAACAAAAAAAUAAUAAAUUUAAACGAAUUUGUUGUAUGUACAUCAUA